UUCUCAAACCGUUUCGAACCCACGCCACGGCCCCAACGUCGUCGCCGUCGCCGCCGCCGCCGCGUGUGCCUUGUCCGCCUCCGGCUCCAUCAAAUCUCCUGGUCCGGCCCCGCGUCUUCAAGCUCUGACUCCACCACUUGCCCCGUGCGGUCGUGCCCACGUUGCCCGUUGCCCCGUCACCGUUCCCCCAUAUCGACGCGAGGGCUCGGCGAAAUCGGAAACCCUAGGUCCGAUUCCGCCAUCCGGCGGCCGGCAACUGGUUAAGGCCGCAUUUGCGGGCUCCAGGCGGCCGGUCCGCCGGAGUUGCACGCCUGUGCCCGGCCAGCGGCUGAUCCCUCGCCUCGUCUGGCCUCCGCGGCUCCUUCCCUCGGACCUCCGUUGGCGAGCAAUCUGAUUGCUUGAUUGAGUGAGAGCGUGCUCCGUCACUGGAAGGGUUAGGGCAUGGCGAGCGAUGGGCAGCUUAGGGAGUGGAUCUCUGACAAGCUCAUGUCCCUCCUGGGCUACUCCAAGAGCGUCAUCGUCCAGUACGUCAUCAGGCUCGCAAAAGAGUGCUCUUCCACCAGCGACCUUGUGGGCAAGUUAGUCGAGUUCGGGUUCACCUCGUCCGCGGAGACCCGCACCUUUGCGGCAGACAUCUAUGCCAAGGUUCCUCGCAGGGCCAGCGGCAUCAGUAAUUACCAGAAGCAGGAGAGGGAAGCAGCAAAGCUUGUCCAGAAACAGAGCACUUACAAGCUGUUGGCCGACGAGGAUGACAACGAUGCUGACAACCAAACAUCAACGAGUAGAAAGAGCUCAACAACUCAAUCAUCUAAGAGUCGGAAGCAAUUCAGGAGGAAAGCAGAUCAAGAUGGCGGGGAUGAUGAUGAUGAGGAUGAAAAAGUAGCAAAGGAUUCUGGAAGGAAGGUGCGGAGGCGAACAGAAGAGGAGGACGAAGAAGAUGGCAACAACAGUUCUGAUGAGGAGAAAGAAAGGAUAAGAGAUCAGGAGGCAAGGGCCCAGCUAGAAAAGAACAUGAAAGAAAGAGAUGCAGCAAACACACGAAAGUUGAUGGAGCGGCAAUUAUCUAAGGAAGAACAAGAGGAGCUUAAUAGAAAAUCUCAAGCAAUGGACAAGAAUGACACAUCAGAUCUGAGAAAAUUCUCAAGGCAAGCGUACUUGCAAAAGCGAAGGGACAAAAAAAUGGAAGAAAUUCGCGAUGAAAUUGUGGACCAUGAGUACAUUUUUUCGGAUGUGAAACUAACUGAGGCAGAAGAAAAGGAGUUCAGAUACAAGAAAAGGCUAUAUGAUCUUGUCAAGGAGCAUGUUGAGAGUGCUGAUGAUGUUGGUGAGUACAAAAUGCCUGAAGCUUAUGACAUGGGUGAAAAUGUUAAUCAAGAAAAGAGAUUCUCUGUGGCCAUACAGCGGUACAAAGAUCCUGAGGCCAAGGAUAAAAUGAAUCCUUUUGCUGAGCAAGAAGCGUGGGAGGAACACCAAAUAGGAAAGUCCAAACUGCAAUUUGGAUCCAAAGAUAGGAAGCGGUCUUCUGAUGACUAUCAGUAUGUAUUUGAAGAUAGCAUUGAUUUUGUUAAAUCAUCGGUCAUAGAAGGAACCCAGCCUGAAUACAAUUCAGAUCAAGAGGACAUUGAUGCAAAAGAUAUUUUGAAAAGGGAGCUCCAGGAUGAGCGAAAGACUCUUCCAAUCUACAAAUUUAGAGAUGAGCUGCUCAAGGCUGUAGAAGAGUAUCAGGUUAUCGUGAUAGUGGGUGAAACUGGGUCUGGUAAAACAACACAAAUACCUCAAUACCUUCAUGAGGCUGGGUAUACUGCGAAAGGAAAGGUUGCAUGUACUCAACCUCGUCGAGUGGCUGCCAUGAGUGUUUCAGCAAGGGUGUCUCAAGAAAUGGGUGUUAAACUGGGACAUGAGGUUGGUUACUCUAUAAGGUUUGAGGAUUGCACUUCAGAGAAAACAAUUAUUAAGUACAUGACUGAUGGAAUGCUUCUAAGGGAGUUUCUUGGUGAACCAGAUUUGGCUAGUUAUAGUGUUGUCAUGGUUGAUGAGGCUCAUGAGCGUACACUCUCCACUGAUAUCUUAUUUGGUUUGGUGAAGGAUAUUUCUCGUUUUCGGCCAGACCUGAAGCUGCUCAUUUCAAGUGCCACCCUUGAUGCAGAAAAAUUUAGUGACUACUUCGAUUCAGCUCCUAUUUUCAAGAUACCUGGGAGGCGAUACCCAGUUGAAAUUCAUUACACAAAAGCUCCUGAAGCUGAUUACAUUGAUGCAGCAAUUGUCACUGUUUUACAGAUACACGUGACACAGCCCCCGGGAGAUAUCCUGGUAUUCCUUACAGGGCAGGAGGAAAUUGAAACAGUAGAUGAAAUCCUUAAACACAGAACAAGGGGCUUAGGCACCAAAAUUUCAGAAUUGAUUAUAUGUCCUAUUUAUGCAAAUCUCCCUACUGAGCUUCAAGCUAAGAUAUUUGAGCCAACCCCUGAGGGUGCUCGAAAGGUGGUUCUGGCCACUAAUAUAGCAGAGACUUCAUUAACCAUUGAUGGUAUAAAGUAUGUUAUUGAUCCAGGCUUUUGUAAGAUCAAAUCAUACAAUCCCCGCACAGGAAUGGAAUCUCUGCUUAUUAAUCCUAUCUCUAAAGCGUCAGCAAAUCAGAGGGCAGGAAGAUCUGGACGGACUGGACCCGGAAAAUGCUUCCGCCUAUACACAAGUUAUAAUUACAUGCAUGACCUUGAAGAUAAUACUGUUCCGGAGAUCCAACGAACCAACCUUGCUAAUGUCGUGCUUACUCUGAAGAGUCUUGGUAUUCAUGACUUGGUUAACUUUGACUUUAUGGAUCCACCUCCAUCAGAAGCCCUAUUAAAGGCCCUGGAACAACUUUUUGCUCUCAGUGCACUAAACAGUCGUGGAGAGUUGACAAAAACUGGAAGAAGAAUGGCAGAAUUUCCGUUGGAUCCUAUGCUGUCAAAGAUGAUAGUAGCUUCAGAGAAAUAUAAGUGUUCUGAUGAGGUCAUCUCUAUCGCCUCCAUGUUGUCAAUUGGUAAUUCUAUAUUCUAUCGUCCGAAAGACAAACAAGUUCAUGCAGAUAAUGCAAGGUUGAACUUCCACACUGGCAAUGUUGGGGAUCAUAUAGCACUACUAAAUGUUUAUAGCUCGUGGAAAGAGACAGACUAUUCAACUCAAUGGUGUUAUGAAAACUAUAUACAGGUGCGCAGCAUGAAGAGAGCGAGAGAUAUUCGGGAUCAACUAGAAGGGCUUAUGGAAAGAGUUGAGAUUGAGAUUUGCUCAAAUGCCAGUGACUUGGAUGCUAUUAAAAAGGCUAUAACAUCAGGUUUUUUCCAUCAUUCUGCACGGUUGCAGAGGGAUGGUACAUAUAAGACUGUCAAGAAUCCUCAGACUGUACAUAUCCAUCCUAGUUCAGGACUAGCGGAGAUACGUCCACGGUGGGUAGUAUACCACGAAUUAGUUCUCACGACAAAAGAGUUUAUGCGCCAGGUGACGGAACUGAAGCCUGAAUGGCUGGUAGAGAUAGCACCACACUAUUACCAACUAAAGGAUGUGGAUGAUUCUGGAACAAAGAAGCUACCAAAAGGCCAAGGAAGAGCUGCAUUGUAGCCAGGACUCGAGGCAUUUUGCUGUAUGUUGUAUAAUUGGAUUCAGAGCCUAGGAGCAUCAGGCUUUAGAGCGGAGAUGUAUAUAGGAUAGAUGAUGUCAGUAAUCAUGAUCCAGAUUAGGUUUCAGAGUAACCUGAUUGCUGAUGUAAAUUUUGACAUGAAGGCGUGCAUGUGCAUGGCUAUAGUUUAUGCAUCAGUUUGAUUUGUUAGAGUUGUGCUUACUGCAUCAGUUGCAAGGAUGAAACCUAGAUGGAGCAUUUCAUGUGACGACCCGGCACGACAGAUAUUUGUUUCGAGGAUUAACCACUACAUGUUAUACGAUUGUCACACUUGCCGACUUACGCA